UUUAAUCCAAUGAAAACGCACAGUCGAUCGCAACGUUUCAACCAAUUAGAAUCCACAACGCUGAACCGGAAAGGACGUUCCACGUGUUGUAUGCAAGCAUGGCUCCUGGUGGAAAGAUCAACAGACCCAAAACCGACCUGGGGAAGAGGCUGUUCAAACGGCGCCGGGUUUUGAGCAAGGAGAAGAGGAGGAAGCACAAGAUCGUGGGUGCGGUGGUGGACAGAGGACUCAUCACCGUCCACCACCUGAAGAAGAGAACGUCCAGCGCGCGUGCGAACAUCACGCUUUCGGGAAAGAAACGGCGCAAACUGAUCAAGCAGCUGCAGCACAUGGAGAACGAGAAAGAUCCGGAGGAAGGGGUAGCUGAAGCGCCCCCGAAGAGCAAGGAAGAGGCGGCCGCUUCCAAACCACCGAAAAGGACGAAGAAGGCCGCAGCCGGCCAGGAUGUUGAAAUGGCAGAUCCUAAUGAGGUCUAAGCCGGGGACUUGCUGACCUUCCUACACACCACACACUGUUCUGUGUGACUCAGAUUGGCAGGGUUGCCCUUUACCCGUUAUGGAAGGUUAUGCCUAAACUAUUACGUUUGAGUUUUUGGUACGGCUUAAAUGUGUUGUAAGAAUACACAGCUGGAUGUUGUUCAGAAGCAGUUUGUAAGUUACUGUUUUUCUCAGGGGCACAUCAACCGUGCCAGAAGUAAUAUUAAGACUUUGGCAUUUCCAGUGCUAGUUAAUUCUGAGUCUGCACUAUAUAGGCCUUAGUACAACACCCCCUAUACUACUGUGUUAAAGUAUCUUUAUUGUAGUGAAAAUGUGGGUCACAAGCCAAAGUGUAUGAGAAGCCAGCAUACUAGCCACAAUCAUAGAAUUACCAAGAUUGUUUUGGAAAUGCUGGUUUGUUUUUUGUUUCUUUUUUUGGUAAUUUUUUCUUUUAUUGUACAUUUUAUAUUUUUACAGGGACUGUGCACGUUAAUCAACAUUACUGUAAAUGUCCCUGUGUGGGCCGAACGGCUAAUUUCAACUGUUUUAUUUGGACAUGAUAUUAGAUGUUUGAGUCCAAAUUUAGUUGCAAGCGUUUGUGUUGGCGGCAUUCGCUGGGAUGUGUUCCAGAUCGAGUUUCUCGGCAUUUUCGUCUUUGGUUAUGGUAUUUUACCAUUUCUGUUAAUAAAUGCUUCUGUGUGCUAA